AUAAUUAAAUUUACAUAUCUCCACUAAAAUAUUUGUUUACGUUGCAAGUGAGCCCAGUGAUAUAACAAUGCCCUAAUUACUUUGUUAAGGAAAUUGUAGCGUAUGUGCGUACUAAUGCAUUAUUCAGAAUUUCUGUUAAAAACAUUAAAAUUGCCACUUCCCAUAAUUAUAAUUUAAGUUGAUAAUGCGCCCCGAUUAAACGGCGUGUUCCUCGGAUAGGAAGGAUGUGGAGCCGAGCGUUGAGAUGAAUGGUUUAGAGAUGUUGUACAGUCUCGGAGCGUCCAUCGGAUGUCGUUGUGAUUUUGUACAGUGACUUAAGUGACUAAACAAACGGUGACGGAACAAAAUGAGACCGAGACAGGCAAAGGCCGUUGCAGGAAUGACGUGCGAGGUGCUGCACCAAACGAAGAUGGCGAAGGCAGUCGAGCACCUGAAGAAGAAGAACAAGAAGAACAUGGAAAAGAGCAAAGAGGCCGAGGGCAAAAUCGACAUGCCCUCGAUGUCGUGGUCCGAAAAGUACGCCUACUUCAAGGAGAACAUCACGGUGGAACCGAUGCUGGCCUGCUACAUCAUACCGAGCGUGUUCGCCAACCUGGCCACCCAGAACCUCAACUUGGAGAAGGCGUGCCGCGUCAAUCUGGGCUACUCGACCGAAAUCUGCGAUGCGCUCAGCAAUCGCAUCACCUCGAACUACUCGCGCGAAGAGAGCGAGGUGCAGCAGCUGGUCGCCUCGAUGGGGGUGUGGAAGACGAUACUGCAGAGCGCGCUUCCGGCCUUCCUCAUCAUGUUCAUCGGGUCGUGGAGCGACCGCUGGGGCAGGAGGAAGCCGUGCAUGUUGUUGCCCAUCAUCGGGGAGUUUCUGUCCGUGGUGGGUUUGAUGUUCUGCACCUAUUUCUUCUACGAACUGCCCAUGGAGGUGGCCGGCUUCAUUGAGGGACUGUUCCCGGCGUUGACCGGCGGUUGGUUCACGAUGUUCAUGGGCGUUUUCAGCUACAUCGGUGACGUGACGACUGUCGAAACGAGGACUUUAAGGAUCGGCAUCGUCAAUGUCUUUUGUUCGUUGGGGAUACCCAUCGGUCUGGCUCUGAGUGGGGUUUUGUACAAAAAAAUCGGGUUUUAUGGGGUGUUUUCUAUUUCUGCGUUCUUGUACAUUGUCGCCUUGUAUUAUGGUUAUACGAAGGUUAAGGAGCCGAAAAAAUUGGACGUGCCCGAAAUAUCGAACAAGACGUGCGGGUUUGUCAGGGACUUCUUCGACAUCAGGCAUUUGGGGGAGACGUUCAGGGUGGCGUUCAAAAAAGGGGAGAACAAUAGAAGGAUGAAAGUAAUGCUGCUGAUGCUGGUUGUGAUGGUUGUUAUCGGACCGAUGCACGGUGAGAUGAACGUGACCUAUUUAUUCACCCGGUACCGUUUCAAUUGGGACGAAGUGGACUUUAGCAUAUUUUCAACCUACAGCAUGGUCACCAAUUUAAUAGGCACGUCGAUUUCGGUUGGCGUUUUCAGUCAUCUAUUGAAGAUCGAUGAUGCAGUCAUUGGGAUUUAUUCGUCGAUGAGCAAAAUUUUGUCAAGCUUUGUCUAUGGUUUCGCCAAAACUUCUUUGGUCUUCUAUUUAGGUUCAAUCGUAGAGAUACUGAACGGCACCUCGUUCAUAGCGAUGAGAUCAAUAGCCUCGAAAUUGGUUCCCACGGACGAACUGGGCAAGGUUAACUCGUUAUUCGGGACGUGCGAGGCGCUAAUGCCCCUGCUUUACGGGCCGAUGUACAGUGCCACGUACGCGGCCACCAUCAAUUUCAUGCCGGGGGCCUUCUUCAUAUUGGGCGGCGUGCUCACCGUUCCGGCGGUCAUCAUUUUCGGGUGGAUGUAUUGUCAGCACAUGAAGGACGCGAAAGUACUUAACGAAACGAAAACGGAGGAAGGAAGGGAGGAGGAGAACGUGGAGGAUGCGAUCGUGAAAGACAUAGCGAUCAUAGCGACGCCGAAGCAGGCGCCGAUCGGAUCGCCCGUUCUGAAGUCGUACAGGUUGACCCAGCAAAACGGGGUGGUGAACAACGCGUUCCAAAUGGAUCCGUAGUCUCGUACGAUUUCGAUUUUUAAUGAUAAUUAUGUAGAUAUUUAUUGUAUAAAUAUUUUAGAUACUUAAGAACUUUAAUCGUUUAAUUUAAUUUUGCAGUAAGGAUGUGUUUUAUGUUUUAUAAAAAAUAAUCAGUAUUAUCAUUAAACAAUAGCAAAUUGUCUUUCCGAAAUAGUUAACAUGUAUUUUUACUGCAAAACUUCUAUUUCAUACCUGUGGUAUAAAGAAUUGUGUGAUACUAUAGCAUUUAGGACAAAAUAGAUUUAACAGAGAAGAUAUUAUCCCAAUUUUUGAAAAUAGAAAAAGUCAUUAUAUAAUGAUACAUGUAUAAAAACAAUUUAACAAUUUUUACAAAGAUGUGUAAGUUGUUUAACUUACGUUCAUAAGUUAACUUAACAAAUAUGUCUAAUGUGUAUGUAUAUCAAUUCAAUUUUGUGAUUCAAAAAUAAUUUUUAAAACACUUAAGUUCCUAUUUUUGUUAAAAUUAAUUACAUGAUUGUAAACAAUAAAUUAAAUAAUAAACAUGUAUAUUAUACCUACAAUUAAAUAGUUGAAUAAGUAUUAUAUAUUUA